AUGCCCAAUAGACAAGGUGACGCAGAAUCGCGAUUGCAUCAUCUUUCGGGAUACCCCUCUCUCGCGCACUUCAUCGCAAGCGAUCGCGACCGCACGACUCUAAUCUACAAGCGAUACGAUGAGCUCGCUGCAAGGAACCUCCUCUACCUACAAAGCGAGCUUGCCGAGCUUCAAGCAAGACAGUUUGUACUAGACCAGGCUGACCUCCACGCGAACCUGGAGACAAAGCAAUGCGCAAGGAAUUUCGCGGACUUUCAGAAGGCGACGGAGAUCAACGAUGUAGAUCAAGAAGAGCGAUGGAAGUUAAUGAAAGAUAUCCGAGAGACUUUGAAAGAGUACCGAGAAGCACUACUGUUCGAGAGCACAUUAGCAACACUUCCAAGACCACCCAAAGGAGUUCUACGCGCUUUCCAAAUGGAAUUUUACAACCAGAGUGACGGCAAAGGAGAGCCGUUUCCCACCCUUGGAGGACAUAGUGCAGGAAUAUACGACGAUAUCGAUGACUUGGUCGCUCUACGGGUACAAGACGAUCAAGACCGCUUGACCACCUUCGCGCAGGAGCAUUUGGCGUUCUUGUUUCCAGUAAGCGGCGCCAUUGUGAAAGGGCGGUAG